ACAUUCGCGGGUCGGUGUGGAGCCGUUCUAGAUUCCUACGAGAGAAUCUCUUCUGUUCUCAGUGCUUAGCGUUGUAGUCGCAAGAGGGGUGCAUGUCAAGACCGGUUUUGCAUAAAACAUCCAGAACGAACCGGCUGUAUUGGUGAAGGAGAGAACCGAGUGACUGCGGCGAGAUUGUGCCAAGGAGUCCGUGCAAGUGCCGCGAUGAUGGUGAGCACCUCACGGGCGACGACAUCACACCGGUUUGUUUACUAUGUGCUGAGACGGACAUCACCGCGGUGUGCUUUUCACACGCCACGGGAGGAUUCAUUCAUUGCCAGUUCACGCAAACGCUGACGACUCCUUACGAGCAUGAUGCCGGCAGUUCAAAGUUGUCCAGUCUCCUUCCAAAGUCCUCCCGCCGUCUUCAGAUUUCCAACACCGCACCAGCACACCAAGCUCUCCUGAGCGCUUUGGCUGGCUGGCCGGCAAGCAUUCAGAGGAUUUGAUGCGGCGGUUUGUCUACUGCAAGGUGGUCUUGACCACCUCUUUAGUCUGGGUGCUGGUGGACGUCUUCCUGUUGCUCUAUUUCAGCGAAUGUAACAAAUGUGACGACAGGAAGGACCGCUCGCUGCUUCCUGCCCUCCGCGCCGUGAUAUCUCGUAACCACGAGGGUCCCGGUGAGAUGGGCAAGUCAGUUCACAUCCCCAAGGAGGACCACGAGAAGAUGAAGGAGCUCUUUAAGAUAAAUCAGUUCAACCUGAUGGCCAGCGAUAUGGUUGCACUCAACAGGAGCUUGCCGGAUGUCCGGUUGGAUGGCUGCAAGACCAAAGUAUACCCAGACAACUUGCCAAACACGAGCAUCGUCAUCGUGUUCCAUAACGAGGCAUGGAGCACAUUGCUGAGGACAGUCCACAGUGUCAUCAAUCGCUCUCCCAGACGCUUACUUGUGGAGAUUGUGCUUGUGGAUGACUUCAGUGAGAGAGACUUCUUAGGGAAAAAGUUGGAGCACUACGUGCGGACCCUUGAAGUGCCAGUGAAGAUUUUAAGGAUGGAGCAGCGUUCAGGCCUUAUCCGAGCCAGAUUAAGAGGGGCAGCUGCCACCAAAGGUCAGGUCAUCACCUUCCUGGACGCUCACUGCGAGUGUACCGUUGGAUGGCUGGAACCCUUGCUGGCCCGCAUCAAAGAGGACAGGACUGCGGUUGUGUGCCCCAUCAUCGACGUCAUCAGCGACGAGAACUUUGAAUAUAUGGCAGGCUCAGAUAUGACCUACGGCGGAUUUAACUGGAAGCUGAAUUUCCGCUGGUACCCGGUUCCCCAGCGGGAGAUGGAUCGACGUAAGGGUGACCGAACGCUUCCUGUCAGGACCCCCACCAUGGCAGGAGGGCUGUUCUCUAUAGACAAAGCAUACUUUGAAGAAAUAGGAAGCUAUGAUCCAGGGAUGGAUAUCUGGGGUGGGGAGAACCUGGAGAUGUCUUUCAGAAUUUGGCAGUGUGGCGGUUCCUUGGAGAUUGUCACGUGUUCCCAUGUCGGGCAUGUUUUCCGGAAGGCUACUCCUUACAGUUUCCCCGGAGGAACGGGUCAAGUCAUCAACAAGAACAACAGGCGGCUGGCAGAAGUCUGGAUGGAUGAUUUCAAAGAUUUCUUCUACAUCAUAUCACCAGGUGUGAUGCGCGUCAAUUACGGGGACGUCUCCUCCCGCAAAGCCCUCCGUGCAGCCUUGAAGUGCAAACCUUUCUCCUGGUAUCUUGAGAACAUCUACCCGGAUUCCCAGAUCCCUCGAAGAUAUUACUCACUUGGUGAAAUCAGGAACGUUGAGACCAACCAAUGCGUCGACAACAUGGGACGAAAGGAGAACGAGAAAGUUGGCUUCUUCAACUGCCACGGCAUGGGUGGUAACCAGGUGUUCUCAUACACGGCGGACAAAGAAAUUCGGACAGACGACCUCUGUUUGGACGUCUCCCGCCUUAAUGGGCCCGUCGUCAUGCUCAAGUGUCACCACAUGAAGGGCAAUCAAAUGUUUCAGUACGAUGCUGAGAGACUCACCUUGCUGCACGUCAACAGCAACCAAUGUUUGGACAUGCCCUUCGAGGAGGACAAGAUGGUCCCCAGCUUGAGGAACUGCAACGGAAGCCGCUCCCAGCAGUGGCUGCUCCGCAACAUGACGCUGAGUCUCUGAUACCGCUGUGAUCCAGGUUCUCCAUGCCUUCAACGGGUGGCUCUAGCCUUGAUAAUUGCCUCCAUGGUCAUUGAUAGAGAACCCUCUAGUCUAGCACACAGCCAUCUUGCACUUUUUACACCUCAUUUCAGGUUCAAGAGAUGCUGCCCUUCGGCCUAGAUAACAAGCUGCACAACUGGCAAUUAAAUUGGCUGCCUGGUGCACAAACAGCGCUAGUAAAACCAAUGCUUUGCUGCUGCACAUGCAAUGAUGAAAAAAAGAGAGCGUCUACAUUUAAAUGUACAAGACUGUCUGAUGUCCUGGAACAAUCCUUGUUGAUGUAAAAGUAAAUCAUCCUCCUUUCAUAUCAGUGGUUUGUAGUCAAGUGAAGACGGGAUAUUGACGGUAGAUGAAAAUGUCAAUAUUUGACAAAUCCCCAAAAACUAUCUGCUCAUGAUGUAUCAGUUAUGAUUUUUUAUCAUUUGUCUGUGUGAAAAUAUACACAUUUUGAAAUGAAACAGUUUGGAAGUUAACGUUGGAACCCAAAGCAGCAACAGAGUGGAAUAAUACUGUAAUGUUUUUUUUGUUUUUUUUAAACAGAGUACCGAUACUUGUUUUGAGUAAGUCACCGAUACCGUGUACCAAUACUGGAUAAUGCCAUGACGUCUUUAAUUUUAGUAAAAUAUUGUUCAAAACCACAAA